CGAAACGACGUCGAGAGGUGGAGCCGCCGCGCUGACAACUGUCAAAAGACCCUUCCUGAUAAGACGAGCUCUUCCGUCCUCACAGCAUCUUGUCGUAUCGCUUUCGAAUCCGUUAUAAGCCACAUAGCUGAAGCGAGUAUACCGUUUGUUCUGAGUAUACGACGUAUCUUUCGCUGUUCCGUUAUUGUAGAGCCGUUUCGGACGAGCGGUUCUCACUUUGGCAGGUUUUGACAGGCUGCAUGUCUUCCUGGAGACCCACUGAGAAGAGAUGUCAAGGAGAAGCUCAAGGUUAGUGAAAGGGCCGUCCUUUCCUGAUGAUGACGCUGCCAGCACUAGUUCCACUGGAUCCACUGGCCAUGUCUCUUACAAAGAGAGCCCAACCAGGAUCUUCAAGAAGAGGUCAGGUCGCAAGAGCACAGGCAGUGUUUCCCGCAAUUCUAGUCGUGCGAGCAGCGUGAGUCAGAUACAGACUGGGCCUCGCAGUGACCUCACUGCCACGGAGAAUGAGAAUGGCAUGCCUGUUGCUGCUCAAGGAUUCUCCUCUGGAUAUUCCUCGGCUGAGGAGCAUUAUGAACAACCCAUAAAAUCAAACCCUAGUUCUACCCAGUCUGUAGCUGAACCAGACUUUGCCAUGUGGGACGUGUUUCGCUCUCCAGCUCAAGCUCUGGUUAUGUUGUACUGGUGGCUGGGCACUGCAUGGUAUAGCCUCACCUCGCGACUGUCUCUGAUCAAUGUGUUUCUGCUCAGCAGAUGCACAGCAGAUAUGAGAAAGGCUAUCCUACUGGUUCUCCUUCUCAUCUUUCUCAUUUUUGGAAUAUGGUACUGGUCCCCGUUUGCUUCUCGUUCUCCCCCUCGUGAUGUUGUUUCCAGGACUCCACCUGUUAAACACACAGAUGUACCUGUGAAAGCAGCUUUUGAUCACCAACUCCAACAUGCCAGCCUGUCUAACUUGAAGGAUGAAAUCGCCAGCUUGCACGAAAGGGAGGUGAACCUGAUGAAAGACAUCGAACUGCUGAAGAAGGAGAGCGCAAGACAGAAGGACAAAUCUGAGAUGUUGCAAACCGAUCUGAGGUCUAUGAAUGAUCAAAUGAGGAAUGUUAAGUCUGAGCAUGGGCAGCAGAUUUCUGACCUGAAGUCCAGUCUCUCAAAUCUUCAGUCAGCUCAAGAUCUCCUCAAGGAAAGAGUUGAUUCACAUGACACUCUCAAUACCAAUCUGAGAGCAGAGCUAUCCGAUUGGCUAAUAAAACACCUGAAAGAUCCCAGCUCGUUGGAAUCAACCAUAGUGCUCCGUCCUGAGCUGCAGAGGGCGCUAGAGGAUCUGGAGAAACGGAUACUAGAGAAACUAGUGCAUGAGAAAGCAAGCAGCAGGGAUGUCUGGAGGACUGUGGGAGAGACGCUGGAACAGGAAGGAGCUGGAGCCGCCACUAUCCAAGAUGUGAAAGAAAUCGUCCACAGGGCAAUUAGUAUGUACAGGGCGGAUGGGAUCGGAUUGGCGGACUAUGCCUUGGAAUCUUCUGGUGCCAGCGUGUUAAACACUCGUUGCUCCGAGACAUAUAAGACCAGAUCUGCGUGUCUGAGUUUAUUCGGCGUUCCUCUCUGGUAUCAUUCAGAAAGCCCUCGUACUGUUAUACAGCCGGAGCUGUAUCCUGGGAAGUGUUGGGCAUUCCGAGGCUCCCAGGGUUUCCUGGUGAUCGCACUGUCUUACCCAGUAAAAAUCACCCACGUCACACUCGAACACCUUCCCAAAGAGCUCUCGCCAACGGGACGCAUUGACAGCGCUCCUAAGGAUUUUGCUGUCUAUGGUAUGUCUAAUGAGACUGAAGACGGAAAGUUGCUUGGGACAUUCAUGUACGACCAGGAUGGAGAGCCCAUUCAGACAUUCAUGCUUCCGGAAGCCUCAGACAUCUAUAGCAUGGCAGAGCUGAGAGUCUUAAGCAACUGGGGUCACCUGGAAUACACCUGUGUGUAUCGCUUCAGAGUUCAUGGAGAACCUUCACUCGCCUGAGAGUGGAAGAGGGUCUGAAAUCAUUCGCUCUCUUCAGUUUUGGAUUACUUUAUGCAAAAAAAUGUAAAGCUCAAAUGCACUGGAUUCGUAAAGACAGAAUCAGACAGCUUCCUAAUGUACAAAUACCAAAAAGCGCACAUGAACGUUUGACUGAUAUCAGAAUGUAGAUUGUUUGCCCUCUUGAAAAAAAUCUCAGUUUGCAUUCCUCAAACAUUAUUUUUCAGGCAAGUGCUGAUUGGACAUUUUAUUUUAGUUGUUUAUACAGUUUUGAAUUAACUGUUGAGAUUUAUUUAUUUUUUUAUGUAGGAAGGCCAGGCUUAAAGGGAUAGUUCACCCAAAAAUUAAAAUUCUGUCAUCAUUUACUCGCCCUCAAGUUGUUCCAAACCUGUAUAAAAAAAAGAGAUUUUGAAAAACGUAGGUAACCAAAGAGUUGAUGGACCCUGUCGACUUCCAUAGUAUGGAAAAAAAUACUAUGAGGACCAUCAACUGUUUGGUUACACACAUUCUUCAAAAUAUCAUCUUUUGUGUUCAGCAGAAGAUAGAAACUCAUACAGGUUUGGAACAACUUGAGGGUGAGUAAAUGAUGACAGACUUUUCAUUUUUGGGUGAACUAUCCCUUUAAGUUAUGUGUAACAGUAAAUAUGGUUUAUGAAGCCGAAUGAAGGACAAAAAGUGUCAUGCUUAGCUAGAAUUACUAUAAAGCAGCAUUUGUGUUGUUUUGCUUAUCCUCAGUAUUGUGUAAUGAUAGGUGGUUCUGAAAUGUGUUUAUUCACAUCAUCGUCGAACCAUAUACCUCUGAAGAAGCUUGUAAUAGUUGUUUAGUUAUGUCUUUAUGUAACAAUGCUGUUUCCUUUGAGCAGCAGUUCUGAUUGCACUCUUCCGCCCUGGGUGAUGAGUACACAUGGGUACUAGAACUGUCAGAUGGUGUACGUCUCCUCUGCGGGACGGGGGAGGUGUGGAGUCAAACUCAGGUUUCGGAUUUUCAAACCAAAGUGCUCUUGAACGUCACUUUCUUGUCCUCUGUGUAUAUAUGUGCUUGAUGAUGCAGUUUUUGCGGUGCGUUCUCGAAGACAUACUUAAAAUUCCUUAAAGGUAUAAAUAUGUGCAUUGUUUUAUUUGAUUUAUUUUAUUUUGGCAUCCUUCUACAUUUCUCAUCAAGCUUAAUAGAGCUCUGAUGUUAAUUUGGCAAAGUUUACAUGAAGUUUCUGUCACAUUAUUUGAUAUUAUUUUGUAAGAAAAAUGAUUUUUUUUUUUAAAAUAAAUUUGAGAUGGUACAUAA